GGGAUUCCUGAGCGUUUGGUUACCCUGGAGAGCCGUGUCGGGUGCUGCAGUCUGGACGUCCGAGGUUUCUCCAGUGCGUCCCGCUGAAGGAUCUUAAAAAUUGUACAGAAUUUUAAGAUGAGUGAUACUUCUGAGGCGAUUCCAAUUUUUGAAGAGAUGUUUGCAAAUAGAUUCACACAGGAUGACAAAGAAUACCAGGAAUACUUGAAACGCCCUCCUGAAUCCCCUCCAAUUGUUGAGGAAUGGAAUAGCAGAGCUGGUGGUAACCAAAGAAACAGAGGCAACUGGCUGCAAGAUAACAGACAGUUUAGAGGUAGGGAUAACAGACGAGGAUGGCCAAGUGACAAUCGGUCAAAUCAGUGGCAUGGACGGUCAUGGGGUAACAACAACUACCCACAGCAGAGACCAGAGCCCUACUAUCAACCAAAUUGCCCACAGUAUGGCCACAACCAGCGGCCUCCAUAUGGUUACUACUGACAGAUGUCGGCAGCUUUUAACAAAGACCUUUUAUUUUGACAACCUGCUAAGUGCUUGUGUGUCUUCUGUUGGUCAUAGCUUUUCAUUCUAUUUUAAAGAAUGGGUUAUUAAUUGUUUAAACUUAAGACUUGAAAAAAUUAAUCUUAUUAGAAAUGUGAUAAUUGAUGGGAAUAAACUUACCAAGUGUGGAUUAUAUUAUUUGACUUUAUCUUACAUACUGUUUUGUUUUAUGAUUUAAUAGUGUUUUGAGUUUGGUCUGUUUUCCUUAUUUGGACUGUAGGAAUUCUGUCUGUAUCACAGAAAUAAAUUUUUUUAAUUAAAGUGUUGGCUUUAUUUGUGAAAGAAUAGCAUGCUCACAUGUGCUCCUUCUGAAGCAUUACAGAGACUAGGACUGUUGCUCUGUGAAGACACCCAUGAUUACUUACAGUGGGUUGUACCUAGUGUCGGCAGUUGAGAGGUAAAGCAAUUACGUCGCUUCUGGGUUUGUAUGUGGUCAUGGUAUCUUGUGGUUUAUAAGCGUGAGUCGGCUCUAGCACUGAUUUAUUCGGUCCCUUUGUGGAAGGACUCAUUUUCAGUGCAGCCUCCUGAGGCAGUGGUGGGUGGGAUGGUGGCACUCAACACUUUGUUCAUCCCAAGGUCUUUGUAAACUUACAGCAGGGAAGAAACGGACGUGCGCUGUGCCACACUGGUCACAUAAACACUUGCAUUCUGACUGUUGAUUCUGUAAUAUGUAUCGAUUUUGUGAGCUUAUUUUCAUUUUCGAAUGCUUACCUUUGAUGCUUCCUCUUACAGCAAUAGCAAGGCUGUCACCUGCUUCAGAACAAUCAUUCUUGAGAUAUUUUAGUGAUAAUAAAAUAGAUUUAUUUAAAAAAAUUUUUUAAAUACUUAUUCAGUAUAUUAUAUGUGUGCCAUUCACUUGGGUGGAUGAAUAAAUUGCAUAAAAAACUUUA